AUGGCUAUUGCAGUAACUAACUCUCAAGACACCCUUAGCGCGCCGGCCAUUGACCCCCCAGCUGAACCUACCAGACAGCGUAGGUCUACACGCAAUGUGAGGCCACCUCAAAAAUAUGCACCAAUACCUACACCUACGGUAGUGGAACCCGCAACUUCAAAACGAAAAAGAAGCGAGGCGGAACUUGAAAGUGCAUCUUCUGACUCAGAUGGAGAAAUUGAUGCGUCAGAUUCAAGCGCAGAUGAGGGGAAGAAAGGGCACCAUGGCAAAAGAAAACGAGUUAAGAAAUCUACAUCAAAGAAGCCCAAACUUAGCCAUCAAACAAGUCGAAGUGAGCACAAAACAACCACAUUGCCCAGCCGGUUGAAGAAAAAUAUAAGUCGAAGGGUCGCAAUUGCUGACAAAGAUGCCGGGGGAUUAUACGCCGAUAUUUUUAUUAGCGGGGAAACAUCAAAAAAUGUCGCAUUGCAAUGGCUCCGACGAUACCACGAAGACGGGCGUAUAGCAUUGACUGACUUAGUCAAUUUGGUGCUCAGGUCGUCAGGCUGCAAUAUUCAGGUUACCGUAGAUGAUAUCGAUGAUGUUGACAAUAUAGAUGGAAGAAUUGCAGAUGUUCAAAACGACUUUCAAGAACAAAAUAUCACAGAGUACCCUCUCAUCUCAAGAUCAAAGGGCAGCCACAAUUUUCGCUCAAACCUAAUGGGAUUUUUUGAUCAAUUGAUUGUAGCAAUGCAUGAAAGCAAAGUUCUUUAUGAAGAGACCGUGUUACUUGAAAACAUUCACCAAUGGAUUGCCACUUUAUCAUCUUCUACUACUCGACCGUUUCGACACACAGCUACAUUAGUCGCACUCACCAUGACUACCUCUCGUUGCCGAAUAGCACGCGCCGAAAUUGAGAUAGCUGCCAAAGUUCAGCGUCAGUUAGAAAACGAGGCAAAAAAUAAACGUCCAAAUAAAGCUAGGCUAGCAGAUUUUCAAAGAAGAGUCGAUAGUAAUAAAGAAAGGAAAUCCAUCAUUGAAGUACAGAUUCAAGAUUAUUUUGACACUGUCUACGUGCAUCGCUAUCGCGAUAUAGAUCCCAAGAUAAGAACUGAAUGCAUUGAAGCAUUGGGGACUUGGAUCGUACUCUUAGAGAGUUAUUUUUUCGAUGGCCAGUAUCUUCGGUAUAUAGGAUGGAUGCUUUCUGAUGUGCAUGGUCCUAUGCGACAAGAGGUUGUUCUGCAAUUGCAAAAAAUCAUGAAAACAGUAAAUCAUGGAGGUAUUCGUCACUUUAUUGAUAGAUUUCGGCCUCGCCUCAUUGAAAUGGCGGUGCGUGACUCGGAGUCUGGAGUCAGGGCACACACUGUUGAAUUAUUAACCAUGGUUCGUAACGCUGAGAUGCUCGAACCAGACGACUUGGAUGUCAUAGGAAAGCUUAUUUACGAUAUCGAGCCUCGCGUCCGAAAAGCUGUUGUUAAUUUUUUCCUAUCAAAUAUUAAUGAUUUAUAUGAUACACGACUACAAGAAAUUUAUGGUGAUGACGGACUAGAUAUCUUCAGUGUUUCUGAUGACGAGGACUUUGAGACUCCUAGGCCAUCAUGGGUUAAAUACAAGACUCUAGCCGAAUUCUUAGUUGACUAUGAUAGCCAAGACCAGUCGGAGGCUCCCAGUCAAAUAGCCUCCGCCGAGUUUUUGAGUACUACUAGUUAUGAAUCACGUUUUACGCUCGCCGCUCAGGCAAUAUUUGAUAAGAUGCCAGAGCUUAAAGAGUGGGAAGCUCUCGCUGGAUACUUAUUGUACGACCACACUACAACUUCAAGCUCACCUGAUAAUGAAACAGAAAACUUAUUCAGACAAGCAGUAAAACCUACUGAGGGCGAGGAAAUAGUGCUAUUAGAAGCUCUGAACACAGCAGUGAAACUUGGACUUCAACAGAUUGAAGACUCAGCAAAAGGAGAACGAAAGAAGCAAAGUAAAUUCGGGAUAGCUGAGGCUAAAGAAGCUGCUGCUCAUCGCCUAGCUUGCAUAAUUACUCGUCUCUUGAAGAAGUAUAGUGCUGACCCUCAAAUAGUUUCUAUCGUUCUUCGUUUGGCACAUCCACUAAAACUCGAGGGGUUCCAUGAAUUCCGACAAAAUACAUUGGUGUGUUCAAGACUUCUUGAUGAAAUCUGUACUCAGUUUAGAAGUCAUGCCGAUAAGGAGGUCUUGAAGCAGGCUAGUCUUGCACUUCUACAAGCUCGUUCACAUGAAGAACUUGAGGAUAUAACUAAUGUCAAGAUUCGAUCUUUAUGGGAAGAGAGUGUAGAUAUGCUUUACAAGAUAAAUGAUGCCGCGGAGAUAUCAGUCCGUGGUGGCUCCCUAAGUGAGAAUCUUCUCACAGAACUUUCACAGACCCUCGCACGACUUGAGCAGCUCUCAAGCAUAUCAAGCUCUAUAGAAUUUAUGGAGGGCGAUCCUGGAAAGGGGAAGCAACCUCCAAUAACCUUAAUUUUUGAUGUUAUUGCGCGAGGCGAACUUACUGAGGGAUGUGAUGUAGCUUUUGAUCUUCUUGAAGAUACCGCUGUGCAAUCCGCAACUCGCUCGGCCCUAUUUUACUUUAUGUGGAAAACUCGAGACAUGGCGCUCUUGAUAGCCGACUCGCGAGAAAUCUCCGAAGCUGAACUUGAACUGCUCAAGGAACGUCAGGAGGUCUUCUCUGCAAACCUCAUCGCAUCCUUUUCAUCACGUGCAGAUCUAGAUGAUGUUCGAUUGCUUGGGGCUGGCACAUUAUUAGACCUUUUUGUCUUAUUUGUGGCCUCCUUUGAACCUGCGAAUAAAUCAAUCGACAAUCAAGCUGCAGAAAACUCUAAUGCCAACCUUAAAGAUAAAUUACAUACUCUAGUUACAGAAAUACGAGAGGAUGUUCAAGAAGAACUAACGUUGUUAUUCACCGAGCUAGAAAGGCAUUUUGCAAAGAAAACGAAAAAGAAACUGAAUGCGCCGGGCGACAAUGAGGCACCCGAGGAUCUUGAUUCCGAUGAUGAAGAUGAUGCGGAUGCGCUGAAUGAGAGCGAAAUAUAUGCUGAAGCGCUCACUGCAGAGGAGCAACUUUGUCAAUUCUCUGGAAAGAUAGUCCUCGCCUUAUUAGCGCAAGUGAUUGAUACAUCAGGUCCAUCAAAAGGAAAACUUCGCUCCCGACUUCUACGAAAUAGAAAUCUCCUUGGUCCAAACUUUAAAGAAGUUGUCAGUUGUCUUGAUGAUCCAAAGUCGAAAGCAAAGAAAACGACCCGCAGUAAGGAUAUCCAGGAUGCUAAAAUUCAAAAGAAGCCAGCUAAGAGUGCCGAGCUAGUCGAGUUUGAAGAUGGUGAUAGCGAAGAAGACGAUGAUCCUUUUGCUGAGAACGCAGUAGAAAACGACCAGGAUGACCAUGAAGAGCCAGAGGAGCACCAAGAAGAGAGUGAGAACGAGAUCUCUGAUACUACGGCAAAAAUAAACCCCCUAAGCGAAGCAGAUGAAGAAAUAAUUGGCGAUUGA